AUGCAAGCCCGACCUCCCCUUAUUGCCGUCAUACUUGUGGAACAUGAUAUGAAGACUGUAGCAGUUGGAGAAUCUUUAUUAGUGGGUUGUGUAGUAUUGGGUACUGUCUAUGUGGUGUAUAUUUUUUCCACGCAUCAAUUAGUUAAGCCUCCAAAGGUGUACGACGAGCAAUACGAGUUACAGAUUUAUAAAUUACUAAAUGCAGCUUCUAAAGGCGACAUGUUACACAUCAAAAGAAUAUAUAACCAAAAAUACAUUGAUAUAAAUGAUACAGAUUACGAUACAAGAAGUGCUUUCCAUUUAGCUGCAAGUGGAGGACAUCAUAAAGCAGUAGAGUACCUUUUAAAAAACAAUGCUAGCUUUCUCGAAAGAAAAGACCGGUGCCAAGGUCAUACACCUGCCGAGGACGCAGUAUGGCACAUGAAACAUAAUGAUAACAAUGUAGCUAGAAAAAGUUUCGAAACACUUCUUCAACUUAUACAAACACAUAAAGGUUUAAAGAAAUAUAAGUGUUCUUUUAAAGAUGAUGUUGCUAUAAAAAUGAUAAAAGCUGCUGAAUAUGGAGAAUUUGCAGUUAUAGAAAGGUUACAUGAUUCUGGAACAGAUAUGAACUUAUCAGAUCCCGAUGGACGAACUGCAUUGCAUGCAGCAGUUGAAAGGAAUCAAGAAAAGGUUAUAUACUUUUUAAUUGACGAGUGCAAGGUUUCGCCAUUUAUCAGAUGGAGAUACGAAGCAGCAGACUACGAUAUGACUGUUUCAGAUUAUGACAAACGAACAGCACUGCAUAUAGCAGUAAAUAAUAAUCAAGAACACGUUGUGGAGUUUUUACUGAAAGAUUGUCGUCUGGCAAAAGAAGCAAACACAGUUAAAGAUAGGUGGGGAAAAACACCAUUUGAGACAGCCAUUAACAAAGGAAACGAAAAUAUAGUCAAACGUUUUUGUUAUUAUAAUCCGGUUUUAACAAGCACAGUUUUAGUUGAAAAACAAGUAUUUACCUUAUGUAUUGCCGGUGAAGACGAUAAAGUUGAAGCAUUUCAUAGGUUAUUUGAAAGUGGAGAUCAAAUUAAUAUUCAGAAUUCUAGUGGAAGUACAGUUUGGAACCUAACUGCAGAUAAAUUGAAUACUGAUACCAUUCAAUAUUUAAAAGACAAAAGCAAAGCCAAUGAGAAAGAACACAAAAGUGUUGUUGUAACCUGUAAAAAGGAAAUACCCUUCAGACAGACAGUCAAUUGA